UUUCCUAUUAACUACCCACCUUCCUUCCCUACAUGUGGACCUUCACAAGCUCAACCUUCCCCUCCCUCUCCGUCUCUCUCUCUCUCUAAUGCCCUGUGAGUAUGGAAGCCAUGGAAAAGAACAGUCAUGUUUCCAGAACUGGCAGUUAGUCCUCUGGGCAGCUUUUAAACUAUCAGAUAUGGUCCAUCUGAUAUGAAAAGCCACCACAAAAGAUUCAAGCCAUAAAAACCUCUCUCUCUCUCUCUCUACCCUUUUAAAAGGUUCUGUGUCAGGGCCACCAAACAUGUCCCUAUUUUUCAUCUGGGUCCUAGUGACUCGAUUUUUGGUGGCUGAUGGUUCUGCUUCUUCAUGGUGCCAGCAGCACCACCACCACUUUCUUGCACAGAGCAGCAGACAAUUUGAGCAGAAAACAGACAGAUUCUGGGAGUUUAAGGAGCAAACCAAAACAUGGGUUGAAGUUGAAUUGCCCUAUGAUUUAGUCUCCUGUCUCGAUGACAACUGUACUGUUGUGGGUUCAAUUGAGGGAACAGGAACAUCAUCAAGCAACAGCAGACAGGAACAGAGUCCAGAUUCGGAUGAUGUUCCAGGAAAAAGGGAGGAGGAGAGAUCAGAAAAGAAGGACAAGGAGAAUUGUGAUCAUAAGUUGCUUGAGGUCUUGCCUCAGAGAAAGAGGAUUUCAUUGACAAGGAUGUCAGAAAUGUCAAUCUGGGUGACUGGGGAAAGUGGGUCAAUCUAUGAGAGGUUUUGGAAUGGGGUCCAGUGGGUGAUUGCACCCCAUGAUUUGCCUUUAUCACCUGCUCAUGCUAUCUCUCUUUUUAUUGUCAAUCACACCAUUCUUGCUCUUUCUGAAUCAGGCAAUCUGUUUCAGAUGCAAAUCAGCGAGAGCUCACACCCUCUUUGGGUAGAAAUCACACCUACUCUCAGUCAAAACGAAGGAGAUCAAAGUUCUGUGAUCCUAAUUAAAUCUGGUCUCGUUUCAUAUGAUGGAGAGAGAGUCUAUUUCUGCACAAAAAAAGGGACACUGUUAGAACUUAGCGAAAUUGAGCCUCCAAGAUGGAUAGAUCAUGGACAACCCCCUGGCGCCAAUGUUGCCUCAAUUGCCGAUGCUGCUAGUAUUAGAACAGAUGUAAUUUAUACCAUAAGUUCUGCAGGUGAUCUUUAUGAAUAUGAUAGGAGCUCAAAACCAUCAUGGAAGAAGCAUAUAUGGAGAGAAGGGACAACUAAUUAUAAUGCUUCUCUAAUACCAUUAACAGGGAAUACUUUACAUGGUGUGACUGGAGAUCAUUCUAUAUCCCUCUUUCUUCUAACAAAGGAUGGUAAACUGGUCGAGAGACGACUACACCAGAGGAAAUGGAAAUGGGUAGUUUAUGGAAGUCCAAAGGAUCAGCAGCUGACAUCAAUCACACCAGUGCUGCAAGAUGACACAAACGAAAGAUUAUUCUCGUUGUUUUUCACCACAUCUACUGGAUCAGUUUUCGAAUAUCAAAUAUCAAAACAAUCAGGUAUUGCUCAAGCUCAAGAGAACCAAAUUUCGGAAGCAUGGGUAAGCCAUAUGCAUCCUCUUCAUGCAAAAGUUGCCAGAGGUAUUGCUGGACUACAAAUUCAUGUUGGUAGGAUUCUGUUCCCAUUGGAUGAUGGAAGACUUGCAGAACUGCAUCUAUCAGGCUUAGGUGGCGAAAACUCUGGUCCAUCUCAUCAAGUAAUGCUCCGUAGAAAAGCAACAGUCAAAUAUGUGUGGUCAAUAUUAGAUACGCCGGAGACAGAAGGCUGGAAUGCAGAGUACUGCUCAGAACAGCGUGGACCCACAAAUUGUGUCACGGGCAUAAAAGAUGAGCCUAAUGCUUUAGGAAUUGGAAGAACAAUGACAAGAAGGAGAAAAGGAAGCCAAGCACAGCAACAUUACUUAACUCCAGGGGCAUCAGGUAGCGGAACAAUAAAAUUUUCGGAAGAUAAUAGUUUCCCAUACAACUGGAUUAACACAAAUUUCCAUCUGAGAGCGAUGCAUGGAGGCAGAUCAUUUUUCCUCAUAACAGAUGGCGGUUUUACUUUCGAAUAUCUUUAUACUGAAAGUGUAUGGAUAUGGCUCAGGCAUGAGCACUCAACAGCUAUCAAGGGCGCACUAGGGAACUACAACGGAAGCUUGUAUGUAGUUGACACAUAUGGGAGUUUGCUUAUUAGGGAAAGAAGCAGCAAUGAUCUAGCAUGGAUAAACUGUACUGCACUGAGGAAAGGAAGGCAGGUAAUCGGAGGCCCUCCAUGGGAUGGAAUUCCUGGUAGAACUAUGAAAGUUACAGCAGAAGACGCCCUCUUCUUUGUGAGCAGAACAGGCAGAUUACUCCAAUUCACGGUUGCCCUGAGGAAAUUCAAAUGGAAAGAUUGCCGAAACCCUCCAAAUACGAAGAUUGCCUCUAUAGUAGAUCAGGAACAUUUCAGGGAAAACAUAGUGUUUGUUGUUGGAAGGAACGGUCGGCUAUAUCAGUAUAAUAAAGUGACUGAUUUGUGGCAUGAGCAUUACCAAUCUCAGCAUUUGACUCUAUCAAGACUGCCUGGAACUGCUAUGAGACCAUCAUCGCUUUCACUAACAGGAUCACUUUUCAUGCUUUCAGUAGACGGAGGACUAGUUGAAUAUCAUUGGAAUACAUUCGAAGGAUGGAAUUGGGUGGAACAUGGAAGUCCACAUAGUGUUGUGACAUUGGUUGGUUCUCCCGGUCCAUCCUUUGAAGGUAAUCAACUGUUUCUUAUUGGCUCCAAUGGAAAUGUUUACCUGAGGUACAUGGAAGAAAUGACGUGGAGGUGGAAAAACUGUGGUUUUCCGUUUUUGGGAAAGUUGAUUGUUGAAGAUCAUAGACAAGAGGAAGGAAAUGACAAGAAAGCAUAUUUCUGUACUGACAUAGAUUUUGCAGCUAGUUCAAAGACGGAUUAUGAAAGAGAUAAUGACCUAAGCAGUGACUGUAACCCUGAGGUGGCGCCAAUACGACCAAUUCCCUUUGCUCAAGAUUCAGUAAUCUUUGAGCUACGAGAUGGCAGAUUGGCAGAAAUGCGCCGGAUAGAAGGCGGGCAUUGGAUAUGGUCCCGAAUCAUCGCCACUCCGACAAGCUUAUGCACAGCAAGUUACUGGACUGCUUUGGCAUCGUGA